UGAGUUUUUCCAAUCGAACUGAAUUCAACCAUUCAACCGGUGUCCAGCGGUGUUGUCCCUUGCAGCCAUUUUUAAAUUGUUAUUAAUUCCUAUUGCUUUAAUAAUCAAAUACUAAAAUCUUUUAAAAUGAUUAAGAACGCUGUUGCUUUGGUUACUGGUGGAGCUUCCGGCUUGGGCCGUGCCACCGUGGAACGCUUGGCCAAGCAGGGGGCCCGUGUUGUAAUGGCCGAUUUGGGUUCAUCGAAGGGCAAUGAUGUCGCCAAGGAAUUGGGUGACAAUGUUGUCUUCGUACCAGUUGAUGUCACCUCUGAGAAGGAUGUGACUGCCGCCUUGGAAACUGCCAAGAGCAAAUUUGGUCGUUUGGAUUUGGCUGUGAACUGUGCUGGUACUGCAACUGCUGUGCGCACCUACAAUUUCAAUAAAAACGCUGCCCACCGUUUGGAAGAUUUUACCCGUGUCAUUAUGAUCAACACCGUUGGAACCUUCAAUGUCAUACGUUUAUCUGCCGGCCUUAUGGGAGCCAAUGAACCCAAUCAAGAUGGCCAACGUGGCGUCAUUGUCAAUACCGCCUCUGUGGCUGCUUACGAUGGUCAAAUCGGUCAGGCUGCCUAUGCUGCCUCAAAAGCUGGUGUCGUUGGCAUGACCUUGCCCAUUGCUCGUGACUUAAGCACUCAGGGCAUUCGCAUCUGCACCAUUGCUCCUGGUCUCUUCAAUACACCCAUGUUGGCUUCUUUGCCCGAAAAGGUUCGCACUUUCUUGGCCAAAUCCAUACCAUUCCCACAGCGUUUGGGUGAACCCUCCGAAUAUGCCCAUUUGGUGCAAGCCAUCUAUGAGAAUCCCUUGAUGAAUGGUGAAACUAUUCGCAUUGAUGGUGCCCUCCGCAUGCAACCCUAAAUGUAUUCAAAAUGCUGUUGUUGCGGUGCAAUCAUUGUGCCAUUUGAUUCUCUGGAUUCUACAGCUUUAUUUUGUAAUUAUGUAUUUUACUUUUUUCAUUUUGUCAGUAAUUCGCAUUUAUUUCCACAUAAAUUUUGUUUUAGCUACUAAGUAAAAAAAUGAGCUUUUUAAGAAAAACAAAAAAAAUGUUUGCCAAGCAAAUCUAUAUGCAAAACAAUAAAAAUA